GCAGCAGCAGUUUCCGCGGUGACUCUCGCCGUCUGCCUAGGGUUUUGUCAUUGAGCUUAAUUUGGGAAUUUUUCUCCUGUUCCCAAUUAUCAAUCAAGGUUGUAUAUGUGCAUGCUAAGUGUAUAUAGCAAUCUUCAGAGCUGUUCCUGGUGAAGAAAAUAGGAUGAACAUGGAGUUGAAUCAUUUAUGGGUACAUGCAGUAGUGAGAUUACGGAAUUUGUGAACUUUUAGCAUGUCUAUGGAAGUCACUCAAGUCAGCUCUUGGAGUGGCACUGACACAUUACACUUUUUAUAUUACUCAAGGACAUAGAUCUUAGAAAGUGCAAUUCUCCUGCACCCAUAGUGUGUGCAAUUCCUGGUUUUCAAAAAUGAGCCAUGCUAAGGAAGAACCCUCAUUCGGCACUCAAUGGGCUAUUAAUGUGAUUUCAGCAGUUAAGGGGAUUCACAGGCUUAGCUCACAUGAGCUGAGUAAGUUGCUGAGGGAUUCUGAGAAUUUUACCAUUAACUUUGUUAAUGAAAAAGAAUUGUCAGAUAAGAUUGAUAUGGAAAAACUUGCAGGCUGUCUUCCUUUGCACCUCAUUGCAGUUCUUAUAUCAUCUGAUAGAGAUGAAGCUGUGUUCAGAUAUUUGUUGUGUGGCAUGAGGCUUUUGCAUUCCCUAUGUGAUUUAGCUCCUCGACAUGCUAAACUAGAGCAGAUAUUGCUUGAUGAUGUAAAAGUAUCAGAACAGCUGCUAGAUCUUGUCUUUUAUUUGCUAAUUGUACUCAAUAACCAUAGAGAGGAGGUCCAUAAUUCGGGUCCUUUGCCUCUUUUACAUUCAGCACUAGUGGCAUGCAGCCUCCAUCUAUUGAGUGCUUGUAUCUCUUCACAGUGGCAAGAUCUUGCUCAAGUGUUGGUAGUGCACCCUAAGGUAGAACUUACUUGAGAGAAUUAUAUAAAUUUGCAUGUUUAUG